AUGCAGAUAAAAAGUGAAAAACCAUCUGAAAAAACAGCCACUGUGGUUCUAACUCUCUUAGACAUUAAUGACAAAGCGCCCGUGUUCGAACCGAAAGAAUAUACUUUUCCCUUACCCCUUAAUCCGAGCAUAGGCCACAUCAUUGGACAUGUGAAGGCACACGACGGUGACGAAGAAAAUACACCGAAUUCAGCAAUAACAUACAAACUGGAACAGACUUUAUCUUCAAAUAUGUUCUCGAUUAACAAUGAAACGGGAGAAAUUAAGAUUGAAAAAGUACCACCAGUAUCUACAAGCCUUAUUGAGUUAGCAGCAAUUGCCAAGGAUCAUGGAGAUCCAUCACUCCAGUCUUACGCCCAAAUACUACUAUCAAGAACUUUGGUAGUAGGAAAGACAGUGCAAUUUACCGUACCAGAGAGUAAGGAUGAUGUCCUGAAGCGUAAAGCAGAUAUUCAAAGAGACAUCGGUAAAAUAAUGAAUUUAACAGUAUUUGUGGAUAAAAUAGAAGAAGUUAGAGGAGAGAAACACUCGAGUUAUUUGAAUAUAACAGCAAAGUUUAAAAAUGAUACAGAUGUCAGUGGUGAAGUUCUGCAAGGUAUGGUUUUAGAACACAUGAGUGCGAUUCUUGCUAUUUUCUCCGUGGAAGUGCCAGAGAAAUUGGUCAGUACUGAAGAAAGUUUUCCAGCCGCAGUCAUUGCACUAAUUGCGAUCUGUGGAGUGAUGUUCAUCGGUACAAUCAUCCUUAUAGGUGUCAUAUAUACCACAACAAGAAGGUUUAAGAAAUAUAAACAGCUUAGCGACCAUCUUACACGAAGGAGUUCCUUGUACGAAUCGCAAGAGAUGAAGAUUCAAAUGACAGACGAGCAAACCUCAGAUUAUAACGGAUCUAUUAAUGGAUCCCAUGAUUUGCCAAGUCUACAUAAUGCGAUAACUGGCGAGCUUAAAGAAGGUGUUGUAUCAGCAUUUACAAAUCCAGUUUAUCCUGUUGACGAAGAAACCUUGGUAAAAUUGGAUCCUGCAGAAGAAGAGGCACAACAGACUCUGAAUGAUUUGGCAGACCAUCUUGAUGCAGAAGAUACCAAUAUCUUGCCUGUGGACAGCUAUAAUCCAUCCGAGAGUGACAUAGAGGUCGAAAUUAAACCAGAUUACGAUGGACCAAAUGACUAUGUUAAUGCUCCUCUAAAAUUUGGAGAAAAUAGUGCAUCCGGAUACGAAAACGUCACGAAUUUGUCAAAAUCAUCGGAUGUUGCGGAAGAUUAUCCAAAUGACAGGAGAGAUACUGAUUUGAUUAAAGAUGAAGACAAUAAACGUGAACAAAAUGAGGACGAAGAUGAACCAAAUCCGGAUUAUGAGGUCAAGGCCGUUCGCUUCUCGACUCAAGUGCUAGACACAGACGAAAAUAAAUUCGAACCUUUGAAAGAAAAAGAUAGUACUGAUGCCAAAAAAGAUGAAGAGUCUGGAGAAGACAUCGAUGAGAGAGAGGAAGAUAUCGAUUCACAAGAAGAUGGAGAAGAAGGAGACGAUAACUCGAGAGAAGACCUUGACCAAGGGAAAGAUGAUGAUUUUGGGGAUGGUAUUGAAAUUGAACGCAUCGAUGAGGAAAUUCUGUCUCCAAACGAAACACUUCCAGACGACAAUGACUCAGAUGAGGAUAAUAUUCCUCACUUUGACUUUGAUACCAAACUGUGAUAUAUGCAUGUCAAAAAUAUAUACUUGACAUCUAUGGUUUCGUUUUUACUGACUAGUAAUCAAAAUCUCUUUGCAAUAAUAUUUAGAGUUGUAAAAUAUAUAGGUGUUUUUGUUUAGAGGAAUAAGUUUUGUCAAUAAUGGAUGCAGAUAAUAAGGAGACCUUCAAGAAAUGUGAAUUUUGAUUUUAAAAAAAACCCAGAUAUCUAUAACGUGUAAAGAAAUCGUAUUAUUGUGUGAACUUUUGAGUUAAACCAGUUAUGUACUGUAAAACGCACGUGCACAUUGUUUUGGGUUGUAGUAGAAAAAUGAGUCAUAACAUGUUUUAGGUAGAAUGACCCUCCAUUUAGAGAGACAAUUUAAAUGAUUCCAGUGCCAGGAGUAAUUAGUUUUCGAACAUGUUACGAAUAAACGACAUUAAAUAACAUACCGAAAACGACUGCUGAUUUACUUCCAAUUUCGCUGUUUUACCAACUUUGCUCAACUCAAAACAGAGCCUUGAUUACAAAAAAUUAUAUUUCAGUGAUAAAAGGUCAUUCUACUUAAAACAAAGAGUGCGUAAGACUGAGAUUUUGUUUAAAAAAUAUGUUUUUAUACUUUAAUCGAUUGCUAUGCAUAUUCUUGCCUUUGUCUAUCACAUAAAUUUGUGUUUGUUUUGUGUAUUGUUGAUUUUUUGUGUCGAACACGUAUGAUUUAAAUGCGUUGCCAUAUUUACUUAAAUUAGAUAUAUACGUAUAUACUUAAAUAGAUACCGAGAUUUAUUACAUUUUCAACAGUGAAAUACUGUAAUUUAUUUACUGAAUAAAAGUGAUAUUCUGACACAGUGUGGAAGGAUAACAAAAAUGGUAUUCUCACAGUGUGAGAAUAUCAGAAGUGCGGCAAAUCUUACGAAGACACAAAGAGUGUUUUUUUUU